AUGCGCAAGCUGUUGCCAUAUGAGCCUCACUGGACUUUCCCAUUACAUAAGGCUGUGAAAUGGAUAAUAGGAAACCCAUGGAAUUUCUACUUACAUAACAUAACGACUUCCUCCCUAUAUAGCACGGCCUCGCUGAAGGUGUCGCAUCAGAGUCACAAACGCAGCACCUUCUCGCACCGACCGACUUGCCGUCCUGAGUCCACCAUGAAGCUCUCCUUCGUCGUCGCCUUCCUCGUGUGCGCGCAGCUGGCCCGGGCGCAGUACGAGGACGAGCCAAAUGAGAUUGCGCCGUACAGUGUCCUCAGGACGGGCGACGGCUACGAAGUGCGCGCGUACCCAGCGGCCAAGUGGGUCUGCCACAGCCAGGUCCAGCAGGCGGCCAGCAGGCGCAAGGACACGCGCGCCUUCUUCGCCCUCUUCCGCUACAUUGACGGCGGCAACGAAGCAGAGGCCAAUAUCCCGAUGACCGCGCCCGUCAGCAUGAAGAGGACGCCCAUCAACGGCAAAGUCGACGCCCAGAUGUGCUUCUACCUGCCCGCCGACCGCCAGGCCAGCCCGCCAGCGCCCACUAACGCCGAGCUGUACAUCGAGGAGCGCCCCGCCUUCACCGCCUUCGUCAGGACUUUCGACGGCUUCGCGAACAAAGAGCGCGUUUGGGAGGAGGCUUCAGAGGCCCUCAAGGUCGACCUCGAGGCAGCGCAGGAGGACGGAGUCGACUUCUCCUUCUUCUACAGGGCUGGCUAUGACUCCCCGAUGAAAUUCAAGAACCGACGGAAUGAGGUUUGGUUUUUGAAUAAGAAAAAUUAAGUCUUCAUCUCUGCUGCUGUUAACUUUAUGUUAAUGAUGAUCUUAUAGAAAAUAUUUAUAAUAAGUAUUUAAAAAAUCACAAGAAUCUGUAUUUCAUAUUUCAUCCCAGUUAUAUGUCUGCCAAUAUGUAGUCCACAUCUUUUAUUCUCAUUAUGUAAAGUGUUUACAUCUUUGGAAAAUGCGAAUCAUAAUUAGUAUUAAAACACUGUUGCUGUCGAACAGAA